ACCCCAUCGUGUAUAUACAUGUAUAUAUACAGUAUCGGGAAUCCCAUAUCGUAGCUCGCGGGGGCGCCGCCGCAAGGCGCGAGUGUAGCAGUUUCGAUGACGUAGGAGAGAAAGAGCGCAAAAGAGAGCGAGAGAAGGGGGCUGCCGCUGCACGCCGGCGCAGGACUAGGACGGGAGCGCUCGCAGUCAAUUCGGGGCGUUCGCGGGCUGCCUGCUCGACAUCAUCAGAAGAGAGUAGUAGACCGCACGCGAUGGGGCGGCUGGGCUUUAACUUUCUACGACUCAAGGAGCGAAAAAAGGAUGUCGAGGCCGGGGCCACUCGCACCGGCUCCCAGAACGAGAGCGCCGAGCUCGACGAAUUCGUCCAGGCGAUCGAGGAAAAGAACAGGCAAAUCAAAAGCAUACGAAUACUCUUGGUAUCUUCACUGACACUAAUCAUUGUACUGGGUGCUUACAUUAUUUUCACACAACCACGAACUUUCCGCAAAAGUACGAGCUCUGAAGAUGCAGCUGACACCGAGCUAAGCAAACUUCAAGAAUUAAAUAAGCAGUAUUCUAAUAAAAUAACUGACCAAGAAGCACAAUUGCGAGCUAUGAAUUCAUAUAAACUUAAUUUAGAGGCUCUAAGGCAGAAAAUUAAAAGAGAUGAAAACCACAAGGACGAAGCAAAGGAAAAUUAUGUUUCAUUAAAUAACAGAUUCGAUUCAUUACAGAAUGAAUACAACGAUUUGAAAAAAUCGUAUCUGCAACUUUUAAAUGAAAAUGCGGAGUCACGGCUAGAGUUUUCAGAUGAAAUUAAGGAUUCGAUGCCACAAGAUGAACUUAAUACUAAUGCAGAAUUAAAUGAUUUUUCAAAGCUGGUAGACGAAAUAGAAAAGGCGAAUGGCAUGGCGUAUCCGGAUCUGUGGAGAAGAAUCAGUGAGCUUUCCUAGUCAUUGAAUGAAAAUAUCGUUUUUCAACUAAACCUAUAAAAGAUAUUACAUUGUAUGUAUAUUAAACAAAAAAUAAAGUAUAUUCUACUAUGAUGUUAAUCAGGGGAUAAAACAUUUCUGUAUGCAAGAGGAAAAUAAUUUUAAAUGUUGGAUUUUGUUAGUUACAAAGAUUUAAUAUCAUAUAACCGUUCCAUUUCAUCUGGAACGUGAAUUAUGAAAGUUAAAGUUAUUUGCGCCAAUAUUUUAAAGUUAUGAAAAUAAUUAGAUUUCAUACUUUUUAUAUGAUAAAAAAAAUUGUUCAUAUAAGUUAAAGUCUUUAAUUUUAGUAUGAAUAAAGUGUGAUCAUGAUAUGAUGCCUCUUGAUAGCAGAAAUAUUUCAUUCAGUGAUAUAUACGUUUAGUCAAUUGUCAACAACGGAAGAAAUAGAUAAAAGUAUAAGCUCACAAGAUUAUUUUAAAUAUAUAUUUUCUAUAAGAAUUUAUGCAAGUGUAACAUAUCUAGCAUUAGAGAAAAGCGAUUAUUAUUUUUUGUAUUCACCAAAAAUCAUAUAUUAAAAAAUAAAUGUUAUUUUUUAAAUGUAAAAAUAAAGAAUCUAUAAAGGAUGUAACAAAUGGAAAAAAUAAAAGUGUACUAUUGUACUUUUGAUAAU